CAGAAAUUGCACAGACUCAAUUAGAAGCAAGGAAGCUUGACAAAAAAGAAAUAGGCCUCAAUAGCAUUAACAUAAGUGAGACAACUACGAUUCAAGAUUAUCCCUAGUUGCGGGCAUUGUAGUCACAAGUGUAUAUCCAUACUAUUACAUUUUGAAAGAAGAUGUCUCUUGCGGAUGAACUAUUGGCUGAUUUAGAAGAUGACGACCAUGAAGAAGUGGCCAUGGAUACAUCGGAGAUCCUACCGACAGUGGCGCCAAUCAAACCUUUGGAAGAAGAAAUCAAAGUUACUUCCGUAAAGCAGUUGGCCACAUUGAGGAACUCAGAUAGACUGGAACGAAUUAUGAAUGACAUUCAAAAGUUUCAAAGCGAACCUGUGACCAAGAGAAGCGUAGGACCACUUGAGAUUGAUCCAGAAUACCAACUGAUUGUUGAGGCAAACAAUCUCGCUGUUGACAUCGACAAUGAAAUAAUUCUGAUCCACAGAUUUGUUCGAGACAAGUACUCUAAGAGGUUUCCUGAGUUGGAGAGUUUGGUUGUACAACCACAAGAGUAUAUGAUGACUGUGAGAGAACUAGGCAAUGACCUGGACAAGGCCAAGAACAAUGAAGCAUUGCAACAGUUCUUGACUCAAGCUACGAUAAUGGUCGUGUCUGUCACUGCAUCUACUACUCAGGGUCAGUUACUGACAGACAAAGAACUAGACGACAUACAAGAGGCCUGUGACAUGGCAGCUGAACUCAACAGUUUUAAGCUGCGCAUCUACGAGUAUGUGGAGAGCAGAAUGACUUACAUAGCCCCAAACCUGUCAGCAAUUGUUGGAGCUUCUACUGCAGCCAAAGUCAUGGGUGUUGCUGGAGGUCUCAGCAAGCUCAGCAAGAUGCCAGCUUGUAACCUCCUCAUACUCGGCUCCCAGAGUAAGACUCUGUCAGGCUUCUCCACAGUUGCCUCUCUACCUCACACAGGCUUCAUAUACUUCUCAGACAUUGUACAGGACACACCACCAGACCUGCGUAGGAAGGCCUCUAGACUUGUGGCCACCAAGUGUACCUUGGCCUCUAGAGUAGACGCCUCUCACGAGUACCCAGACGGCAGCAUUGGACGACAAAUGCGUGAGGAAAUCGAGAAGAAAUUAGACAAGCUCAUGGAACCACCUCCUGUGAAGUUUGUGAAGCCAUUGCCCAAACCGAUUGAUCCUGGCCGGAAGAAGCGAGGAGGUAAGAGAGUACGGAAGACCAAGGAGCGUUACGCGAUGACUGAGCUGAGGAAACAAAACAACAGACUAAACUUUGCUGAUAUUGAAGAUGAUGCCUAUCAAGAAGAUCUUGGAUACACAAGAGGUACGAUCGGAAAAGCAGGUACUGGAAGAAUCAGACUGCCCCAAGUUGAUGAAAAAACCAAGGUUCGAAUCUCUAAAACACUUCAGAAAAACCUUCAAAAACAGCAACAGAUAUGGGGUGGAAGUACAACAGUCAAGAAACAAGUUUCUGGAACUGCAUCAAGUGUUGCGUUCACUCCCUUGCAAGGUUUGGAAAUUGUAAAUCCUCAAGCAGCUGAGAAAAAUGUGGCGGAAGCAAAUGCCAAGUACUUUUCAAAUACUGCUGGUUUUGUCAAAAUUACUAAGUGAACUUGUAGUUCAAUGGAUUGUUAUCAUCCAGUUACGUGUAAUCUAUUAAUUUGGUUGCUGUGAUAUUACUAAAGAACAGCUAGCUGAUCAAUGCUAUCAGUAUGAUUUAUUCAGACAGUCUUAUAAAUUAAUUAAACUAUCUUAAUGUAUUA